UCCAGAACGUGGCUGCCCCCCGGGAGGCCUCAGUGGCAUCAUCUAUAAAAUGGGCCUCCUCCAGUUACACCCAGGAAGGCACGAGGUGAGGCCUCAAUACAAUCGGACAAACUCUGGGGAGAAACAGGACACCCCCUGCCCUGAACGCAGAGGUCAGACAUCUUUAAUUUCACCCCUGGUUCAGCAAACCCUAACCAUGGACUUGGCCCUACGUGUCCAGCCUCGCUCUGGGAGUGACGUCACGGGGGAGAAAACACCAGAUUCUCAGUUUCUCCACCUGGUGCUCCGUGUCACACAAGAGGAGCUGUUUUGGGUGGCAUCCCCUGCCCAGGCACUUCACUCCCCAAACCACGUGAAAGGAGCCAGCAAAGUGGGUCAGACGCCGAGGUCAGCCGCCUCCUUCAAGUGGGUUUCCUCCUGGGACUCCGGGCGGAGCGGAGAUUCUCCCACAACUGCGGUGGGGCGAGGCAGGGCUUAUCUGCCCCCCUUCCUCACACUUCUUCAGAAGCAGUUGUCAAAACAACCAGACAACGCUCGGCUGCUUGGAAGGGGCCCCUGGAGCCAUGAAAUAAGGACUUGGGGUCCCGGUGGCUGGACCAGCCACAGGGCCUGCACUGCCGAGCCACCCCGUGAGACCAGCUGCCCGGCACCUCCACCCUUCCCAGGACGCCCGGCCACACCAAGCCGCCCCCUGCUUGGCUUCUGGAAAGAUCGAUCCCCCCUGCUCUCAGUCUCUGCCAAGGUCUUUACAUGGACAGCUUCCUCUGCGAGGAAUGCCCUUCUGUCUGCGUCCACCCGGCAGGCCACCGCCAAAGCAAGGCCUCUGGGGAACGUUGGGGGAACUUUGUGGAUCCAAAGCAUCCUCACCCGGGGGCAAGGGGUGUGGCUCAGGGACAGAGCACCUGCUUGGGCACCGGGUUCUAGCCCCGAUACUGAACGCUUUUUCUUUCAUUUACACACACACACACACACACACACACACUCAAACCCCACCAACCCUGGAGCUAGGAUUUGGGUCCAGAACUCCCCAGCACAGCGAGCUCCACCAUGUGGGCUACCUCCGCAAAUGCUUUCUUAGCUGGUUCAUUGACAGGGCAGGCUCCACUGAACAACCCACAGACGUGCGUGAGACAGACAAUGCGGUUCCUUUUCUUGGAAAGGGGACCUGAGGGCCUCAGAGGUGACCUCAGAGGAGGGCAGGCCCAGAAGAGCUGAAACGCAGUAGCGCUUGAUCGCGCAUUCUCUCCACAGCCCACAGCCUACCGCACCGUGGGAGGCCAGGCCGCCUCUCUAGAAGCGCAAGCUAGGAGGGCUGCCU